AUGAAAUUAAAUAGAUAUUUUUAAGUUUUAGCACUUUUAUGCGCAGCUUCAUUUGUCUGCUGCAAUAAUUUAGGAGCUAAUUCCUAAUUAUUAGCUUGCUAAAACUCAAUACAACAAAUACUUACUGAUACAAAAAGUUUUUUAAGCUAGGUUUGUACUGGCAGCACUUCUGCAGGUUUUAAUAAUUUAGGUGAUAGGGAUAGAUGCUUAAAUGCAACAGGCACUAACUUUAUUUCUGUUUAUCUAAAUAAUAACUUCUAAAAUGUUUAUCCUGCUCCAUAUGUAUUAUGUCUACCUGAUGAUUGUACAUCCACAAUUAUAAAUGAAAACAAAUCAUAGUUUAAUCUUUUGUUAAAUACGUUGAUUUCGAAAGCCACUAAGUAAUAAACCAAUUUUUAAGUUACCAAUGCUUAUGAUGCUUAAAAUGAUACUCCAAGUGUUGACGCCGGUGUAGUUAUUGUUAGCAUUAUUAUAGCCUUUAUCUGCAUUGCUUCUAUAUUAGGUUCAAUCAUAGUUUACAGAUAUGAAAGCUCAAAAGAAAAAGCCAUUAAGAUGAGGCUUUAAUAGUAGCUAAAUGAAGAAGUUCCUUCAGCUGCUUUGAGUAAUGAUAUAAACGAAGAUUACCCUCUUCCUCAAGAAAGUCGCUUAGUCAAAAUCGGCAGAGCUUUUGGUAUCGUUGAGAAUUUCAACAAGCUCUUUACUUUCAAGAACUAAGGUCAUAUUGAUUUUGCCAUUAUAAAUGGAACAAGAGUAUUCUGCAUUGUCUGGAUUAUAAUUGGACAAUCUUACUUGAUAAGAUUUGGAUCUGUUAAGAAUAUUUAUGAUAAGGGUGAUAUUUAAUCUUCUGCUGGUUAUUCAACUAUUGCUGCUACUUCUUAAUUAGCUGUAGAUAUGUUUUUCUACAUCAGUGGUUUUUUACUUGCUGCCAUAUUUUUAGAAAGAUUCGCCAAUAGAACUGAAUUGAAGCCAACUACCUUAUUGCUUUUCAUUGCUCAUCGUUUUAUUAGAUUAUGGCCUACUUACUUUAUUGUACUCCUCUUCUACUGGUAAAUUUGGUAAUAUACCGGAAAUGGUCCUAUGUUCAACUAAGAAAUAGAUAACAUAAAUAACUGUGACUCAAGAAUCUGGGCAAAUUUAUUGAUGAUUGAUAACUUAGCAAAUAACGGAGACACUUAAGGCUGCUUCUAAUGGGGUUUUGUUAUCUCAAAUGAAAUUUAAUUCUUUAUUGUUGGUUUAAUUCUUUUAUACAUUUACAGUAUGAAUUCUAAAAUUGGUAUUGGCAUGAUUCUUUCUUUCUUUAUUGGUUCUUAGGUUGCCGCUACUGUCAUUGCAUCUAAUAAUGACUAUAAAGCUGACUAUUUUACUUUAACCAACCCUGAUACUUUUUAUAAUGAUUUCCACAUAAAACCUUGGGUAAGAAUGGGUCCUUACUUCCUUGGUGUUUUGGCUGGUAUUUACUAUCGUUCUUACAAAACUGGAACAUCCUCUGUUGUUUAAUUUGCAGACAAAGUCUUAAAUAACAGUAUAUUAAGAUACGUCCUUUAUUUUGUAGGGUUAAGCUUAAUAAGUUCUAUGGUUUGGUGCAUUAUUCCUGUUUAAAAAGAUAUUGAAAACUGGUCUCAAGCAGGUCAUUCUAUUUAUUUAGCUUUCGGAAGAAUAGGAUUCAUUUUAGGUUACUUCUUAAUGACCAUCCCCUUAAUGUUUGGAAAGAGAAAUUACUUAAGAGCACUCUUAGGAGCAAGAAUAUGGGUCCCACUUUCAAGAGUCACUUUCUGCAUGUAUUUGGUACACUAAUUUGUUAUUGAGAGAAGUUUAUUGAACUAAAAAAGUAUUAGAUACUUUGAUAACUAAUUAGCUUUAUACGCUGCUAUAUCUGAUAUUGUAUUUGUACUUCUUUUCGCUGCUGCUUUUUGUGUUUGCGUAGAGCUUCCUAUCAUCAACUUGGAAAAAUUAUUCUUAAUUACCCCUUCUAAGCUUAAAGGAAUUUAGGGAGAAGAGAAUGAUGACUUUGAAGCCAUAGAAAUUAAAAAAUAAAUGAUGGCUUAAUGA